AUGCGAUCCAUUGUGGUGGAGCCGAGACACACAACACCACAGGGCAUUCGUUCGUUGUGCUCCCUCGCGGCCCUCUUCUCCGGAGUGAUACCGCCGCUCAGGAAAUGCAGAAUCUCGUCUCGUAACGUCGGCGCCGAGAUUCAACUCGUCCAGGCAGUCAAUUCGUCACCCGUGGCCAGAUACCAUGCCACUUCCAAGCUUCGCUACCUGAUGACGUCGUGUACCUCCGGCUUCGACGACGAUGCCCGCAUCCCCCGCCAGGUUUAUGUCAACGGCCUUCAGUGCUUGAAAGAGCUUGUUGCCCCGACGCCCUUCCCGGCUUCGACAGUGUUGCCUCCAGGUCCCGACAUGCCGCCCACUGCCACCGCACAGCACCACGCCACACCCUCACACCCUCUAAGACUACGUACCAUUGUGAAGACCCUUCAAAAUGCCGUCAAUGAGCUGGUCCAACCAAUGCCGGGUUCAUCCCGUUUCCAUAAUUAG